ACUUAAUAAUCUUGGGGACCAGUAUUAUACAUUAGAGAACUUAUUAACAGGUCUCAGCCAGGCACUUGGCUAUUGAAUGUUGACACAGGAGAAAAAAAACAACCCACACACAAAAUAACAACCAAUAAACUCUGCAGAACAGUGUUAAGGAUACUGGACUUUAACUUUUUGAUUGGAGGUAUUACUACUGCAGUGGGCUGACCUGCCAGAUGGAUCAUUAAGAUCAAAGGCUAUACGUUAUGAUGUUUGCCUUUUAAAAAGUAAAUGCUACUCUGAAUUUCAUAGUUUGCAACUUUCAGCUGGAAGUGACAGCAUGGAUUCUUGGUAUCUGCCUUCAUUUCUUUUCUUUGCUGCCCUCCUCCGGGUUUUUGGCUUGCCAACCCCAGAAAUCUUUGAUGUAGAUGGUGGAAUUGACCAGGAUAUAUUUGAUAUCAAUGAAGAUUUGGGACUGGAUCUUUUUGAGGGAGACAUCAGACUUGAUGGGGUACAAGAAAGAAAUUCCAUCGUUGGAGAAAGUUAUAGAUGGCCUCAUACUAUUCCAUAUGUUCUAGACGAUAGCUUGGAAAUGAAUGCCAGGGGAGUUAUCCUCAAUGCAUUUGAACGCUAUCGCCUAAAAACAUGCAUUGACUUCAAGCCUUGGUCUGGAGAACCCAACUAUAUAUCAGUGUUCAAGGGCAGUGGCUGCUGGUCUUCAGUGGGAAAUAGGCGCGUUGGGAAGCAAGAACUCUCCAUCGGAAAGGGCUGUGACAGAAUAGCAACAGUGCAACAUGAGUUUCUCCACGCACUGGGAUUCUGGCAUGAACAGUCUCGGUCUGAUCGGGAUGACUAUGUCAGCAUAAUUUGGGACAGAAUUAUUUCAGGCAAAAAGAACAAUUUUGAAUCCUAUGAUGACCGACAAACAGACUCCCUGAAUGUUCCCUAUGAUUACAGCUCAGUGAUGCACUAUAGUAAAACUGCAUUCCAGAAUGGAUCAGAACCAACAAUUGUGACAAGAAUCCCAGACUUCAUGGAUGUGAUUGGCCAACGAAUGGAUUUCAGUGACUCUGAUAUCUUAAAGUUGAAUCAACUGUAUAACUGCUCCUCUUCCUUGAGCUUUAUGGAGUCGUGCGAUUUUGAACUGGAAAAUGUGUGUGGUAUGAUUCAAAGUUCAGAAGAUAGUGCUGACUGGCAACGGGUCUCCCAGGUUCCCGAGGGGCCAGAGAGUGAUCACUCCAACAUGGGCCGGUGCAAAGGUUCUGGUUUCUUCAUGCAUUUCAACAGGAGCUCUGUAAAUGAGGGGGCCACAGCAAUGCUGGGAAGUAGAAUACUAUACCCUAAACGAGGAUUUCAGUGCUUGCAAUUUUUUUUAUAUAACAGUGGAAGUGAAUAUGACCAACUGAACAUCUAUGUCAGGGAAUAUUCUGCAGCCAGUGUGAACAGGACUCUGACCCUUGUGGAAGAAAUAAAAGAUGUACCCAUCGGGAGCUGGCAGCUUUACCACGUAACACUGAAAGUGACCAACAAAUUUAGAGUGGUAUUUGGAGGCGUCAGAGGCGCUGGUGCCUCACGGGGUGGCCUGUCUAUUGAUGACAUCAAUCUUUCAGAAACACAGUGCCCUCAUCAUGUCUGGCAUAUAAGGAAUUUCACACAGUUCAUUGGCAGCCCCAGUGGAUCUGUCUACAGUCCUUCAUUUUAUUCUUCUAAAGGCUAUGCCUUUCAGAUUCGCUUGAAUCUAAGUAGUUUGCCUAAUGUAGGAAUGUAUUUCCACUUGAUCUCUGGAGCCAAUGAUGAUCAAUUAGAGUGGCCAUGUCCUUGGCAACAAGUCACGAUGACCAUCUUGGAUCAAAAUCCUGACAUUCGGCAGCGUAUGUCCAACAAGCGGAGUAUAACUACAGACCCAUUUAUGACCACCGGUAAUGGAGACUAUUUUUGGGACAGGCCUUCCAAAGUGGGAGUACAAGAUUUUUUCCCUAAUGGAACUCAGUUUCAAAGAGGUAGGGGCUAUGGAUACAGUGUCUUUAUGACCCAUGAGAGGCUGAAAAGCAGAGAUUUUAUGAAAGGAGAUGAUGUUUAUAUCCUCCUGACAGUGGAAGACAUAUCCCACCUUAAUACUACACAAAAUGAGCCAACCCCGACCUUGGGCAUCAAUGACCUUUGCACAAACUUUAAAUGUGAGAAUGAUGGCGUUUGCAUUCUCCAUAAUGGCAAAGCUGAGUGCAGGUGUCCGUCAGGGGAAGACUGGUGGUACAUGGGAGAAAGGUGUGAAAAGAGAGGCUCAACUCGAGACACCAUUGUGAUUGCCGUGUCUUCCACUGUUGCUGUGUUUGCUGUGAUGCUGGUCAUCACCCUUGUCAGUGUCUACUGUACCAGGAAAAAGUAUCAUCAAGAGACAAGUUCAAAGACAGCAAAUAUGACUCUGGAAAAUCAACAUGCACUUUGAAGAUUAACUCAGCAAUACAGCCAACAAAUGAAAUGAAAAAUUCUUCAUGAUGGUUUCACCUACAAUGUAUUAUAACCACUUCACCUGCUACAGACGGAUCUUCUCUGUACAUAGCUGGAUAUACUACAAAUCAUUAUUUUGGUAAA